AUGAGUGUGGACACCAGUGUCUCAGUCCAUUUACAACUUGGGUCGACUCAGGACUCGCAUAAAAAUAUUUACAAAGGAAGGUGGAAGUUAAAACGGUUCUUAAACAUAAAUUUGAUUGUAGGUGUCUUAGCAGAAUACAAGGUCACCGAUGAACAACGAGAGCAUGUUAAAGAAAUGAUAAAAAAUGUAUGCAAAAAAAACAACGCUGAGGACAAAGUUGACGAAGUUGUGAACAAAAUCAAACAGUUCGUUGAUUGUCUGAUGGGUCUGUUCGAUUUCAAUACUGUUAGGCAAGAAAUAGAAGCAGCCAAGCCCAAAGGAGCUCUUGAUGAGGUGUUCAAGAAGUACUGCGAGAAGUCACCUCAGUUGAAGACUUGUAUCCACGACGUGACCGCGGCCGUGUCGCCGUGUUUGGACCAGAGUCAGCGGGAGAGGAUCCCUUAUGCAGACUCAGCUACUGACCAGCUCAUAGACUUCGUCUGCUAUAAGGAUGGUGAUAGGAUAGCUAUGUUCAUUGCUGAAGGCGGCCCCGAAUGCUUCAGAGACAAAGCCUCUGCCAUCGAGUCAUGCACCACAGGCAUCAAGAGUAUUUUGAGUAACUUCGAUGAAGCCAAGAAACUCAAACUGGCCGAUCAAUGCAAGAAGGUUGACGAGCUAACGUCAUGCGUAGUGAAGGCUUUAGAGGAAUGUGACACUCCCACACCAGGGAACAUGGCGGAGUCGCUGUUCAGAUACAUAAGGAAAGAUUCGCCUUGCAAGGAUGUCUAA